AUAACAUUUUUCAGUUCUUGAAUUUCCUUUCCAUGCCUCAACUUUCCGAGGAAACUCUGAUAUAUUUUCUUCUGGAAAGAUAAGAUUUUUUUUUCUACUUUUUUGAUAUGAUUAUGGCGAGAACUGGAAGUGGGUAUUGUUUGUUGUCGUUGAUUAGUUUAGUUGUCGUUUUGGGAUGGGGGAUUGGGGGGUGUAGUGGGUUUGGGACAUUUGGGUGCGAUAUUCACCAUAGAUUAUCGGAUCCCGUGAAGGGAUUUCUGGGUUUUGAUGCUCCGGAGAAGGGGAGUUUGGAUUACUACAAGGUGUUGGUUCACGGUGACAGACUAAUCAGAGGUCGACACCUGGCGUCCGAUGAUCAGACAUCGUCACCCCUCACUUUCUACGACGGAAACGCCACCUACCGCCUUGCUACCUUCGGAUUUUUGCAUUAUGCCAAUAUAACUGUGGGGUCACCGAGUUCAUCAUACCUUGUGGCGUUAGACACCGGAAGCGACUUGUUCUGGUUACCUUGUGAUUGUACCAGUUGUGUAAGUGGCAUAAAGUUCUCAGAUGGAGAGAUAUUGAAAUUUAGUAUCUACAGCCCUAACACGUCUUCGACAAGCAGUAAGGUUUCUUGCAACAGCACCCUUUGUGAACAAUGGCGACGACAAUGCCCUUCGGAAACUAGCACUUGUCCUUACCAAGUUGUGUAUCUUUCUAAUGGCACAGCCUCUACUGGGUACUUGGUGGAGGAUGUAUUGCACUUAAAGUCCGAUGAUGAUCAAUUAAAAGAUGUGGAUGCCCGGAUUACCUUCGGUUGUGGUAAGGUUCAAACUGGUACGUUUUUGGACGGUGCAGCUCCGAAUGGUUUAAUUGGACUCGGUAUAGAGGAUAUAUCCGUUCCUAGCAUCUUAGCAAAAGAAGGGCAGACCUCAAAUUCUUUUUCCAUGUGUUUCGGAUCUGAUGAUCUUGGUAGAAUCAGAUUUGGAGACAAUGGAAGUGCGGACCAAAGUGAGACACCAUUUAAUCUUAGACAAUCACAUCCAUCUUACAACAUCACUAUCACUCAAAUAACUGUGGGAGGGACUGUUGCUGAUCUUGAAUUCCAUGCUAUUUUUGACACUGGCACCUCAUUUACGUAUCUAAACGACCCUGCUUAUACACAGAUCACCGAGAGUUUUAAUUACCUGGCAACAGAAGACCGGCAUACAAAUGAAUCUGAAAUCCCUUUCGAGUAUUGUUACAAUUUAAGAUCAAAUCAAAAGAGCUAUGAAUAUCCGCCAAUAAAUCUUACAAUGAAAGGUGGAAAACAAUAUAGUGUCAUUGAUCCAAUCGUAGAAACUUCUACUAUGGGUGGUGGAAGGGUCUAUUGUUUGGGUGUUGUCAAAAGUGGAGAUGUCAAUAUCAUUGGACAAAACUUCAUGACUGGUUAUACUGUAGUCUUCGAUCGCGAAAAACUGGUCCUUGGUUGGAAGGAAUCUAACUGUUACGAUGAGCGAGAAACCGCGACGCUUCCCGUAAAGCCAUCAAACUCUCCGGCAGCCUCACCCCCGAGCAAUGUUAGCCCGGAAGCCACUGCAGGAGCUACUGGCAACAAGACUGUCAUAUCACAAGCCGCACCACCUGCAAACCAUUCCAAGCUCAACUCUUUUACGUAUGCACCCAUACUCGUUAUUCUUUCUCCAAUUUUUGUUAUUUUUUAAUCAUUCUUUCAUGUCUACUCAACCCCUGUAUCAUAUGUAAUCAAUAAGUUAUUAUUAUUAUUAUUAUUAUUAUUUGAGGCAUAAUAUAUUAGAGAACAAUUUUGGAAGUUACCUUAACUUCCUAUUUUCCGGUAUUUGUAACAGUUGGUAUAAAACAUGGGGUUGUAUAUAAUUGUUUUGAAUUUUGAUU